GAGCCCCGCCCCCAUCUACAGAGGAGCCCCGCCCCCAUCUACAGAGGAGCCCCACCCCCAGAGAGCUGAGGCGUGACAUGCAAGAUGCAGAAUUCGGAGAGAAGCACCCGUUCUUCCAGGAAGCCCAUCCCGAUGCAGAUGACCUCCCCCGGCCCUGAAAGUGACACCGGACAGUACAUGUGCAUCGAGUGCAGCGAGACCUUCGACACCAAGCUUGAGCUGACCUCGCACCGCCAGAGCCAUGUGGCCAAGAAACAGUUCACGUGCACGCACUGCGGAAGGGGCUUCCACCACCAGGUCUUCCUGCAGAUGCACGAGAGAAGUCACGAAGAAGGAGUUUCCAGAGUAAAGACGCCCCCUCCUCGGGUCAUAUCCACCAGGAGCAGCAAGAUGGCUGACAUUGUGCACGUGAAGCCCACCUACACCAAGCCUCCACGCCCUCUGAACUCUAUAGUGCAUUUCAAAACUGAGACGAAAGUCUACCAAACCUUCACCCCAAAAGAGUUCCUCACCAGGCGAUGCCAUGGGUCCGGUGUAGCCACCAGUCAGAAGGAUGACGUUCCUGAGAAAAAGAACUUAUUUGAGUUGCGAAUAUCCAAGUUUUCAGACACAACCGUACAUCUUAUGGAUUCCUUUGGAAACUCCAUCGAAAUAUUGACCGAUGUCUUCAACGCGUACACCAUCGCGGGGCCGGAAGAGAACGGUGUGACCACCAACGCCGAUGAGGUCCCUACAAAGACUGCGAGUCCUGAUGAGACCAAUUCCAAAACCCUCACUGAAGAGACUUCCCCCCAGACAAAACCCGCUGACAUGGCCAAUGAUCGUCCUCCAAGCAGCGAGCCGAUCGCAAGUGAAAGUGUCGCCUCUGAGAAACCCGAGGCCGGUCUUCCUCUGCCUGAACUGUCUAAUGCGGAAAGUGCAGUCGCUCCAGAACAGGAACCAAUGGAAAGUCGACCCAGCUCCGAAACUAUGGAGAAUGUCUCUGAGAAACAAAGUGUGCAACCUUCAGAGGUCUCUCAAGAGAAGGUCGACCAAGGCCAAGCCGUUGAUUCCAUCAUUGACGGCAACCUUCCUGCUAUUGAUGAUGAUGACGACAUGGAUACCACCCCAGAGGAGGAGGCUGCCAGUCCAGCCUCUCCACAGAAACAGCAGAAUGAGCUGGAAGUCAAUCAAACUGCUAAACACAAUUCCACUUUGCUUACUGAUGAGCCCAUAGCCAAGGAUAAACGUCUUGAAGAAGACUCUCCCCAACUGCCCGAUUGUUCCUCGUUGGGUGACCCAGGCUCUUCGAAAGAUGAGCCCAAGACCAUCAAAGAAAAUAAACAGCCAGAGGAAGAGAUGAUUCCCAAUGUAGAACAAGCUCAAGACUUGACUUUACCGAAAUCUGACGCUGAGGUCGGAAAGGUAAACCCACCUGAAGAAAUGCCACCAGAAAGACGAGAAAACCUCUCCCCCGCAAUGCCCGUUAAUGUGUCUGAAGACCGCCCGGCGCCCCUGGAGAUCCAGUCCAGCAAAGAGGAAGCUGAUCUUUCUAAUACUUUAUCAAGGAACAGAGAUGAUGUGAGCUCACCUACAGAAGACGCAUCCGUAGAGACGUCUGCCGAAGACCUCGGAGCUCAAAAUGAACAAUCUACAUCAUCAGAAGAACGUUCCGUUGUCGGCACAAUUAUACCAGAAAAACACGACCUGCAAUCUGCAACCGUCCAGGUAACUGCUGACAAGAAUUUGAAGACCGAUAUCUGUAUGACAUCUGAGGAUGUCGGCCAAGUCUCCAUUCCAGAAGAAGAAGUUGGCUUACCAGAGAAGGAUUUGCCGGCGGACAACAAGGAGCCAGAAAAACCUUGUAGCCUUUUAUCCGGACAGGAUAUGCUUCACGAUGAUGAUGAUGAUGAUGAUGAUGAUAAUGACGAUAAUGUUGAUGAUGACGAUGAUAACGAGCUCGUCAUUGAUGACAAAAGAGACCAAGACUUGUUUGAGAGAGACAUUUUCCCAUUGGAGGUUUGUGAGAAAGGCCUUGCCUCUGUGGAGGAGCAGAACAUUGUGUGUGGGGGAGAAGCUCGCAGUACAAAGAUUGUACAGGAGAAAGAGAGUGACAUCUGCCUGAAUGGCAGCGAAAUGACUUAUAUCUCUGAAAGCGAGAUGAUCAAAUUGCUGGACCAGGAUAAAGACGACAUCGCUGAAGACGAACCCAUCGCUGCCGGCCAGAAAGACUUGGAAACCAUGAAGGACGACGAUCAAGCCCUUUCCCAGUCAAAACUAGAGCCUGAACUAAGCAAUUCUGAGGAGACCAAGUCCUCCAGAAGUCCAGAAACUGUGAAUGAAGGGCAGAAUACUGUCGAUGAGAUGCUCACCAAUCGGGGCAGUGAGCUACCUGCUAGCUUGGAAGAAGAAACAUCAGAGGUACAGCUCGGUCAAAACAAGCUUAAAACCACUGACCAUGUCGGGUUACCAUCUGAAAAUCACAAUUUGCCCACAUUUCAAGCUCCUCCUCCGAACGAAAAAAUGGAGACUAGUUCCUGCUCACCUUUAAGUUUUCUUACCAACGAUGAACCUAGAACUGGAGAAGCUCCAGAUUCCAUCGAAAGCAUGAUAACACAAGAUUCAGUGUCAAAGAAUAGUUCAGAAGAGCGACUUGCACCUUCCAGUGGUCAUUUCCAACCAAUCACAGCAGAGGGUAUGGCUGAUCUACCCCAACCAGAGCAAGACCUCCCAUGCAGAGACAAAGACUAUGAGCCAUCUGGGACCUCUACAGAAAAGCAAGAUGUAAAUCCUGUGGGGGAUGCUGCCAUGUCCAGAACAGAACGCACCCAUGAUGCCAUAACUCCCGAGGAGAUGGAUGUCUGUGUUACUGUAGAAGAUAAUGAGUGUGAUGACGAACAGACCGAUUCCUUAGAAGGUCCCUCACAAAAGGAUGCAGUGAUCCAAUCAGGCCAAGAGAAGCCACAUACCGGCAUUCCUGGCCACAGUGGUCUUGUUUGCAGUAUAGAGCCAGAGCAAAGCAAAACCAAAGUUGGUGAAAUCGAAAGCUUGCCCUCUAAACAAAAAGACGUGAUUGAUCCCGAACCUUUGGCCAAGCAUGGUGCAGAAACGAAUGAAAUGAUUUGCAAUAAAGAGAGGAAGUCAAAACUGAAAAUUGUAGAUCAAGAAUCGAAGAAUCCACCUUUAGAUGUUCUAGAUGAUAAGCAGAUCACCAGCAAUGAUGGUGACCAUGCAAAGGCUAAAUCUCCCGAAAGAGAUUUAAAGGAUGAAAGGAUGCAAGACAAGCAGGUAGACCAAGAUGCCGCCUUUCCCCUCAAAGAGAAUGAGAAAGAUGAUGCGGAAACAGAUAAAUGUACACAAGAACAAACUACAGAUCUUUCUUCCAACCUGGACUCUUCCUCUAAGACUGUGUCCACCAAUGAGAUUGUUGAAUCCAAGAAAAGUUCCCUUGACAAGAAGCUUUUUCCUAAAGGAGAUGAAGACCAUGAGCUUGGCGAGCUACCCACUGGAGCUCUGGAAGACAACAGCCUUCCGAAAGACAUGGAAGACGAUUCGGAAAAAAUAAGUGUUGCCUCUCCCAAAGACAUAGAAUCUGAGGUGAUGGAUGACUGCGGCUCAGCUACUAAAGAAGUAUCAGAUGUUGCCUCAUCUAUAGGCCAAACUGUAGGCAAAGAUAGUCUACAAGAUGCACUAGAAGAUUCCGAGCUAAUGGAGAAUGACCAAGAAGAUGCUGAUAACGCAGAAACGCCCUCUAAGUCGCCUGGUGUCGGUGGAGAAUGCUUGAAAUGUGGGCGGAGGAUAAGACGAGGCAGGAGAGAGAUGGUCAGGUUGCCGGUCUGCUUCAAAUGCCGCAAAGCUGCCAAGAAGCAAGAACGUCUUUCAAAUCAAGAAACCGCUGAUGGCGUGGACCUUGAUCCACUCAAGUCCAAAAGAGCGUUAAGCUUGUCUGCGGAGUUGGCAGAUUCUCCUAUUAAACAAGACGGAGAUCCAUUGAUUCUUGACCCAUUAGUUGAUGAGAAAGAAGCUUCACGUUCUGCAGCUAAAAAAAGGUACAAGUGUCCGAAGUGUGACGAAACGUUCCGAAUACCGUCUCUUCUGGCGGGGCACAUAAAAUGCCACACCUUACCCCAGUGUCUGACGUGCAGGUGUCCGAUGCAACUUAAAUAUAAGACAAAGCGAAUCCCUAAAAGGUGCCAAAAAUGUGUUCAGCAACUUAAGGAGAAGAGAGCAGAAAAAAAGGUUGUAGAAGGUAGCGGGGAUGAGUACAGCGCCACCUCUGAUGACGAAGAUGCUGAUAUCAAUCCAGACAAUGACGUCUCAGAUGAAGAUUCCAAAGUUGGUCCUCUUGAUGAUGAUGAAGAGGUUGACUCUUUCAAGAAAGACAAAGAAAAGUCCAAGAAACAAGAAAUCGAGUCGGAUGAUGAACUCGAUACAAGUGACCAGAACCUUGACCUGCCCGAUAGUGUGAAGCCGCGCCUGUGUCCCCAGUGUGGCAAGGCUUUUCGGUGUAACAGGUCGCUUAAUCUUCAUCUCUUGAGUCACACCUCAGAGCAGUGUGAAUCCUGUGGCUGUCGACUGUCAAAAAGACGCAAGGUCGGGCGCUGGUCCAAGAAGUGUCGCAGUUGCCGCCUUCAAAUAAAGGGAAAGCUAUUGACCGACAGCGGAGAUGAGCUGAGCCUCUCCGGUGAUAAAUUACCAAAGCAGAAGAAUGUUGCAUCCCUUCGGCUGAAAGCCAAGCAAACCAAGAUGUCGAAAAACAGCAAAAUCCAGUCCAUUAUCAAGAAGAAGAAGGAGCUGAAAUGGAUGAACAUGCUACUGGCCGUUAGAGGUCUCAUGGAUAAAUCCAAAAAAAAGAAAGAGAGCGCUUUAAAGGCCGCGGAACUUGCCAAGAAAGAUGGCGAGAGCUCGGAAACUGAAAAAUGUGCCGCGUCUUCAGUUGAAAGCAGCAGUAUUCACCCAGAUGAUCCCAAGUCUGACCUGAAUGAUCCCGACAUGGAGAAAGCGGGUUCUUCAGAGCUACUGUCUCCCUUGAUUAAAACCCCAAAACAAGGCCGAAAGUGUUUAUAUAAAGAAAAGAACAUUAUUAAGGUGGAGGAGAGUGAAGUAUUGCCUUAUAUUCCUGAUUCAACAUUCAUUAAACAAGAAGAAACAUGGCAGUGCGUGGAGUGCAACCAGACCUGGCCAAACUCCGAAGCCUUGGUCAACCAUCAGCACAGCCACACGACUGGCCAGUCCUUCACCUGUCCACAGUGCCCACAAGUCUUUUCUACUGAACAGUAUUUGGAUCUACAUGUCCACUCUCAUGAGGAGGACGACCGUCGCUAUCGUUGCCCGGAAUGUGACAAAACCUUCACUAAAAGGAACAACCUUGGUGUCCACAUGCGUGUACAUGCCGGUUCACGCCCCUACAUGUGUCCCGACUGUCCACGUCGAUUCCGGCAGAAGGUCACCCUACUCGCUCAUCGUUACUCCCAUAGAAACUAUGAGCUCUUGUUCACCAAACCGUUCCAGUGUUCAGUCUGUAGUAAAAGCUUCAAGAUGAAGGAGAGGCUCGUGGUUCAUGAACGUCUCCACACCGGUGAAUGCCCCUUCUCCUGUAAAGACUGCGACAAAGCCUUUCCCAGCAAGGCAAGACUUUACGCGCAUCGCAAGAUGCACAGAAUUUCUCAAGAUCCCUCAAGUAGUGAGCAGAAUUUAAGUAAGGACAUCUCAGAGGGGCAACCGUUCAAGUGCCAAGAUUGUGGUAAAGUCUGCUCUACCAAAGCAAGCUUUGUUCUUCAUCGGAAGAUCCACAGGUUAUCCUCCAUGCCCGUGAAAAUUAUUAAGCGUGAACGGAGCGAGGAAGAGCACCCUUUUGGCUGCAAGGAAUGUAAUAAGGUUUUCUCUUCUAAGGGGAAUCUAAAAAUACAUUUGAAGAAUCAUUCCGCGCACAAGGCGACGGCCAAGUCUGAGAUGAGCCCAGAGCCCAAAGGCUGCUUUCCUUGUAAAGAUUGUGAUAAAGUAUGCUCAACCAAGGCCAGCUUUGCUCUUCACCGUAAAGUACACAAGUCUCCAUCCGAUGGUGAGCCAAACCCGAUCAUCAAAGUAGAGUCUGACACUCCAGGCUAUGUUUGUAAUUACUGCAACAAAGUUUGUUCAACAAAGGCAAGUCUGGUCCUUCAUCGUAGGGUCCACAAGACUCCAGGGAGUGCAGAUUCCGAGACAAAAUCUUUUAAGUGUAAGGACUGUGAUAUGGUGUUCUUCACCAAAGUCAGCUAUUUUCUUCAUCGGAAGGUGCACAGAUCUGCCUCCAAAAGUCAGAAAAGCCCUAAGGCUGGUGCAGAACCGCAAUCCUACAACUGCAAGCAUUGCGAGAUGGUGUGCUCCACCAAAGCUAGUUUCGUCUUGCACAGUAGAGUUCACAAAACUCCAACCACUAGUGAACAAAAUCUCAAAGUUGAUGAGCUUCAAUCCUACAACUGCAAGCACUGCGAUAUGGUGUGCUCCACCAAGGCCAGCUUCAUCCUCCACAGUAAGGUGCACCGGUCAUUAGAUGAGCAAAGUCCCAAAGGGGUGGAGGAGCCACAAUUGUACAACUGCAAGUACUGCGAUGUAGUGUGCUCCACCAAGGCCAGUUUCAUCCUGCACAGUAAAGGGCACCGGUCGUUGGUUGAAGGUGAACAAAGUCUUAAGACAUCUGAGGAGCCCCAGUUGUACAACUGCAAACAUUGUGAUAUGGUGUGUUCUACCAAGGCCAGCUUCGUCCUUCACAGUAAAGUGCAUCGGUCGUUAGUUGGUGAGCAAAGUCCCAAGGUGGAGGGUCUGAAAUCUUUCCGGUGCAAAAAAUGCGAUAUGGUGUGCUCUACUAAAGCCAGCUUUGUCCUUCAUUCUAAGGUGCACAAGAGUGGGCAGAACCUUCAAGCCAACACUGAGAAGAAACAUUUCACAUGCAAGGUCUGUAAGAAGGUCUGUUUAUCUAAGGCAAGCUUCAUCCUUCACCGCAAAGUGCACAAGUCUUCCAGCUCAGAGAACAAUCCGACCCCUAAAGCUGAUGGAGAGGAGUCGACUUUUCCAUGUAAAGACUGUGCCAAAGUCUACGCCAGCAAAGGCAGACUGGCCUUCCAUAUCAAAAAGGUGCACGGGGACUCCUCUAGUCCCGACCAAAGUGCUAACAAUGAAAGUAACGCAGAGCAACCUAAAAUGACAGAAGAAGAAGAAAAACCGUUUCCCUGUGCGGUCUGCGAACUGCGUUUCGCCAAACUAAUAAUGUUGGUCCGGCACAGGGUUGUCCAUGAGGAUAGAACGAUUACGCCCUGUAUGCAUUGCGGAAAACGGUUCCUGUACAUGAAAUCUCUCUCCAACCACAUGAAGAUAUGUCAGAGCAAAGGCAAAGGGAAGAAACUCCUGCUUCUCAAAAAGGCCGUCGCCAAGAGAAAGAUCCCAAAGGACACCGCCAGCACCAGUUCGGAUGGAGAGAGCGUGCAGAAAAAGCGCAAAGUCGACGAAAAACAGAAAGCACUUAAAGCUGCACAAAAACUCAAAACUAAAAACCUAGCGGUCAAAGCAAAGAAAGCCGCCGCCGCCGUUGGCAAAGAGAAGGGUAAAGGCAAAGGUCCAAAGGAGAAACGAGCAAAGGUCGAUGGCGAAGGAGCUUCUGAAGGUGAAGGAAAGAAAACCACCACUGAGAAGCAGAGUGAUGGGAAGGAAGAGGAGAAGCCCUCUGAACAGACGGCCAAAGAGCCGACUCCGAAGAAGAAAAGCGUAACCAAAGUCAACAAAACGAAGAAAGAGCCAGCUAAGGAGAAAGCGCAGAAAGUUGGAGGCCCAAAGAAAUGGCGCGUGCUGGCCGCUUCCACCAUCAAGAAGAAAGCCAUUAUUAUUGGAGGGAAGAAGAAAGUUCUCAUCAAGAAGAAAGUUCAGAUGAAGCCCAAAUCUGGAGCCAAGGCAGCCAAGGACUGAAGGCGUAGAGCAGGCAGGUGUUCCUACAAAUCCCCUUCUAUAGAAAACCCCCCCCAAGCCGUGAAAUCGCACAACAUCUUGUCUUUUAAUAAAAUAAAUGAUGUUGAAAAGU